AUGGCCCAGCUAUACUACAAAAAGGUCAACUUCUCCCCGUACCGAGACCGGAUCCCACUGCAGAUCGUGCGAGCGGAGGCUGAGCUCUCGUCGGAAGAGAAAGCCUACCUCAGUGCUGUGGAGAAGGGGGACUAUGCCAGCGUGAAACAUGCCCUGCAGGAGGCAGAGAUCUACUACAACAUCAACAUCAACUGCAUGGAUCCUCUGGGGCGCAGCGCCCUCCUGAUAGCCAUAGAGAACGAGAACCUGGAGAUCAUGGAGCUGCUGCUGAGCCACAGCGUCUACGUGGGGGACGCUCUGCUCUACGCCAUACGGAAGGAGGUGGUGGGAGCUGUGGAGCUGCUGCUCAAUUACAGGAAGCCCAGUGGUGAAAAACAGGUUCCAACACUGAUGAUGGACACCCAGUUUUCAGAGUUCACCCCAGACAUCACCCCCAUCAUGCUGGCGGCUCACACCAACAACUACGAGAUCAUCAAGCUGCUGGUCCAAAGACGGGUGACGAUCCCACGGCCGCACCAGAUCCGGUGCAACUGUGUGGAGUGUGUCUCCAGCUCCGAGGUGGACAGCCUGAGGCACUCCAGGUCGAGGCUGAACAUCUACAAAGCCUUAGCCAGCCCUUCGUUGAUUGCCUUAUCGAGCGAGGAUCCCAUCCUGACCGCCUUCCGCCUGGGCUGGGAGCUGAAGGAGCUGAGCAAGGUGGAAAACGAGUUCAAGGCUGAGUAUGAAGAGCUGUCACAGCAGUGCAAGCGUUUUGCUAAGGACCUUUUGGACCAAGCCCGGAGCUCCCGGGAGCUGGAGAUCAUCCUCAACCACAGGGAUGAUCAGAGCGAGGAGCUGGACCCCCAGAAGUGUCACGAUUUGGCAAAGCUAAAGGUAGCAAUAAAGUAUCACCAGAAAGAGUUUGUUGCUCAGCCAAACUGCCAGCAGCUGCUAGCAACGCUGUGGUACGACGGCUUUCCAGGAUGGAGGAGGAAACACUGGGCAGUGAAACUCCUGACCUGUGUCACCAUUGGACUGCUGUUCCCCGUGCUAUCCGUGGCAUACCUGAUUGCACCCAAGAGCAGGCUGGGACUGUUCAUUAAAAAGCCAUUUAUCAAGUUUAUCUGCCACACUGGCUCCUACCUGACCUUCCUGUUCAUGCUCCUGCUGGCGUCGCAGCACAUCGUCAGGACUGACCUCCACAUGCAGGGGCCACCUCCCACCAUCGUGGAGUGGAUGAUCCUGCCCUGGGUUCUAGGUUUCAUCUGGGGAGAAAUCAAGGAAAUGUGGGAUGGUGGAUUCAAUGAGUACGUGCAUGACUGGUGGAAUCUGAUGGAUUUUGCAAUGAACUCCCUCUAUCUUGCAACUAUCUCCCUUAAAAUUGUUGCCUAUGUCAAGUACAACGGCUCUCGCCCGCGGGAGGAGUGGGAGAUGUGGCACCCGACCCUGAUUGCAGAAGCCCUCUUUGCAAUAUCCAACAUCCUCAGCUCCCUGCGCCUCAUCUCCCUGUUUACAGCCAACUCACACCUGGGACCCCUGCAGAUUUCUCUGGGACGCAUGCUGCUAGACAUCCUCAAAUUCCUUUUUAUCUACUGCCUGGUGCUGCUGGCUUUUGCCAAUGGACUGAACCAGCUUUAUUUUUAUUAUGAGACCAGUGCCUCGGAGGAACCCAACAACUGCAAGGGGAUCCGAUGUGAGAAACAGAACAAUGCCUUCUCCACGCUUUUCGAGACCCUCCAGUCACUCUUCUGGUCUGUGUUUGGGCUGCUGAAUCUCUAUGUCACCAACGUGAAAGCCAGGCACGAGUUCACAGAGUUUGUUGGGGCCACGAUGUUCGGGACCUACAACGUCAUCUCCCUCGUUGUGCUGCUGAACAUGCUCAUAGCCAUGAUGAACAACUCCUACCAGCUCAUUGCUGACCACGCGGACAUCGAGUGGAAGUUUGCGCGCACGAAGCUCUGGAUGAGUUACUUCGACGAGGGCGCCACUCUGCCCCCUCCUUUUAACAUUGUCCCCAGCCCCAAGUCGUUCUGGUACCUUUGCAAGUGGAUCCACAACCAGCUGUGCCCAGGAGAUGACUCUGACAACGAGCAGAAGAGGCACGAAAACCUCAAAACAUUCACAGAACGUCACGCUGACAACCUGAUUCAGAAUCAACAUUACCAGGAAGUGAUAAGAAAUCUUGUGAAAAGAUACGUCGCUGCAAUGAUAAGAACUUCCAAAACCAACGAAGGUUUAACUGAAGAAAACUUCAAGGAACUAAAACAGGACAUCUCGAGCUUUCGCUAUGAAGUUCUUGACCUCUUAGGCAACAGGAAGCCCCAGAGGAGGAGUUACUCUACCAGCAGCACGGAGGUGUCCCAAAAGGAGGAGACAAACGAGGACAAUGCUGGAGAAAAGCCCAGAGCCAAGAGCGUGUCCUUCAAUGUAGCCAACAAGAAGAAGGACUUCAACGUGUCUGCCCUGAUUAAAACCAUGUCUGGGAUCAACAUGGUGGAGGAGAGGCCGAAAAGCAACGGGAUCAGCAAGCGCUCCUUUGUGCGCAACGGGAACAGGGUUCAGAGGCUCUCCAGCUCCAAGAAGGAAUCCUUCAAGAGGCUGGGGCUGCUCUUCUCCAAGAUGAACGGCCACGUCCCCGAGCCCAGCUCAGAACCCAUGUACACCAUUUCAGACGGGAUCAUCCAGCCACACUACAUGUGGAAAGACAUUAAAUAUUCUCCCAUGGACAGAGAGAGGGAAGAGAAUUGUUCCAAAAGUGAAAUUAACCUCAAUGAGGUGGCCUACAGUGGGAACACGAGACUCACGGGACAGAGCAAGGAGUGCCCUGUGGUUUGUACCAGUUCCCUUCACUGUGCUUCCAGUAUUUGUUCCUCUAACUCCAAACUUAUAGACUCGUCAGAGGAUGUGUUUGAUUCCUGGGGAGAGGCCUGUGACUUGUUUAUAAACCAGUGGAAAGAUGGGCAGGAGGAUCAUGUUACCACUCGGCUCUGAGCAAAGCUCUCUUAACUCUCACUGCAAAACUCAGCCAAGUAUUGGUAAUUGUUUGCUCUCAUCUGGUUCAGCAUCACUGUUUCCUUUCUGUCCACAGGUGAAAAAAAAAGUGUAAGCCUACUUAUGUUAUAGCCUAUUUUAUAGCCAUCUGCACCUUUUUUAGUUAACUUUUUUUUACACUCACGAAUGCUAAACGAAUGGUUUCACCAUUUAUGAGGUUGCCAUAAACCACAGGAAUCCCUUUGGAUGCAGUGUUA